AUGAGAAGAUCUGCUAAGGAGCUAGGGAAGGUAGUGGAGGGAAUGGACGAGGAUGAUGCCAGUUGCCAGCCCUGCGAAGUCAAGAAUCUGCUCUCCACAAUGGUACGAGUGUUCGACCGACUCGCGAAUCUAGUUGCAUCACGAGACACGGCACUGGACGACAUUUCUGCUCUGCAAGGCGCGCUGCAGACUGCAAGGAAAGAGCAACAUCGCCUGCAGACCGAGAUGAUGCAGACCGAGAGGGACGCACAUGACGCCCUGAACACCGCCGAAGCAGCCGCCGGGCAAAUCAAGGAGGCCCGAAAGGAGAUCCAGGAGCUGCGGAGAGAGCAGAAGGCCCAGCAGAGGCGACGCGACUUGCAGGCUUCCGAGAAAGCGAAGGAGACGGAAACUCUCUAUGAGACAAUCCGAGCCCACAAAGCCAAGGAAAUCAAACAAGCUGCAAGGAUCCGGGAAUUGAAACAGCAGCUCGCGGCCGCGGAAGAGGUGGCUUCCGCCAACCACAAUAUCUCCGCAUUCGUGACUCCCAGAGCAUCGCGCGCAGCGCCACACUACGCGCGAAGUCCACGUCGGCCUGAGUCCACGUCCAGUGUUGCCAUCUUAGAGGAAGCCAGAGACUCGGAGUUGUCCACAUGUAAACUGGACUUCUCAGACCCGCUACCCUUGCCAGCCCUACUUCCCACAUCGCCCAAGGACAUCUCGGAACAGCCUCUCGUGCUGCAGCCUCAAUUUACCAGUGAUUGGAAUCUCAAGCCACCACCGAGCAAGGCUAAGCGCAAGCGUGUGCUCUCAUCUGGGACAGGGCCUGAAUCAUCUCGCCCACCGUUUCCCAUCACACUGAACGACAAAGGACGCCCAACAGGCCCGGUGCGACUCGGGUCCAGGCAGAGGGAGCGAAUCGGUUGA